AUGCCCACCUACGAAGUUGAAGUCGACACGCUGCUAUUUGAUAUGGACGGUGUAUGUAUUCAAGUGUCUAGAACUAACCCACAGACCCUCGUCAGCUCCACCGCAGCGCUGAGCGCUGUUUGGGUCGAGUUCGCCAAGCAGUAUAACAUGGACUUGGAUGACUUGCUGGAGAACUCACACGGCAAGCGCACCGUCGAGAACCUGCAAGAGCGUUUGCCGCAACUCUCGCCCGAGCAGGCACUAUCGGAGGCCUACCGUUUCGAGGACCGCAUCAUUGAGAUCUCCGACGAGAACCGCUCGAAGGCCAAGUCGGAGCCGACCGCUGCCAACCCGCAGGGCAGCAUCGUAGGUCUGCCUGGCGUGAAGGAGCUGUUGAAGCAGAUCAACGACGGCGCAGCAGCGCAAGAGAGCCGUCGCCCCGGCUGGGCCAUCGUGACCAGCGCGACAGGCGACUACGCCCGCAAGGCGUUCCUGUCGACGAAGACGUCAGAGUUGCCGAAGGUGUUUGUGUCCUCAGAUGACGUCAACAAGGGCAAGCCCAACCCGGAGCCAUACAAAAAGGGUGCCGAGCUGAGCGGUGUGGACAUCACCAAGUGCAUCGUCGUUGAAGACGCGCCUGCUGGUGUCCUCUCGGGUAAGCGCGCGGGCGCGCGUGUCCUGGGCCUCAAGACCACGCAUGACGCCAAGCGUCUCUGGCUCCAAGGCGCCGACUUUGUCGUGGACGAUCUUAGCAAGGUCCAGGCCCGCUGGGAGGGCGACAAGGUGAUCCUCACGAUUGACUCGGACGAGCGCCCCAGCUUCGAAUAG